AUGGUCUUCAAUUCCAACUUCGGUCUUAUUCUGUUUGUGCUCCUCGCAUUCACCUCGAAGCAGGCUCUUGGACGCGAGCAGUGGUUGGAGAGAGACGGACGUGCGGUUAACCUCUAUCCCCGGAGAUUCGGUCAGGAGCAACCCGCGGUCCUUCAGAAAAUUAGGGAUGCGUGCCCGGGACAAGUCUGUGGUGUUUUGGCUGGUCAGGCUGUAACCCCCCUCCUCGCUGCGCAGCCUGAGUGCUCGCAGCAGGACAUGGCGGAUGCCAUCAUCGAUGCUAGCAAGCAGUUUGACACCGCAACGGCCGCCCUUAUGGUCGCGGCUGCUAUCGAAUACCGCCAGGUUGAGAAGAACACUCCUCCCGAUUUCACAACCAACCCACCCUCUCUGAGGAACUCUGUAUUCUGCCAGAAAGCUCCCAAGAACGCUCAGCUCAACGGCCUUGUUCAGGCUCAAGAUCCCUCCAACGAUCCCGAACUAUUCUUCGAUCCUGUUUUAAAGGCCACCGUCCGCAGGGGUUCGCAACCCAAUACUUCCCCCUUUGGUGGCGCCGUCGCGAACCCCCCGGCAGCUACUACCACCUCUACCUCUGCUGCUGCUGCCACCACGACAGCUGCAACGACAGAUGCUGCCACUACGACCGCCGCAGCCACAGAUGCUGCCGACUGCACGACCGAGAUUACUGUGACCGUUACUGCUACCGUCGCUGACGAAGCUACCACGACCACCUCCACAUCCGCUGCUGCUGCCACCUCCACUGCCGCCGCCACGCCCGCCACGCCUCCCGCAGGCACCGACUUCGGCAGCUGCACGGUUCCGGAGAUCGAGUUCGGCGCAGGGUUCGACGGCCGCCGCGAGACGAGCUUCCGCCCCAAGGAUCUCCAAUCGUUCAAUCACGGAUCGGCGCAGAAUAGCGGAAUCAUUACCCAAUUCGUCUGCGAUCAGCUCACGAACACCCCUAAGACUGGCGAACAGGCCGAUGCCUUCAAUGCUGUCUUUGGUAUCACCACAAACUUCGCCAAUGAUGCCGUCAUCGACAAUCAGGGCAACGUUGUCUCUGACGCCCUUCCCGCCACUGGUGCUGGUGGAAUUGGCAACUUCGGCCGCUGCUCGACUCCCGAGAUCGAAUUUGGUGUUGGAUUUGACGGCAGGAGGGAAUCGAGCUUCCAACCCAAGGACAAGGCUUCUUUCAACCAUGGAUCUGCUCAGAACAUUGGCAUCAUCACGCAGUUCAUCUGCGACACCCUGACCAACUCGUGCCAAGCUGACGCUACCGCCAAAGCCACCUGCGCAAAGGCUGCUGCCGCUGCUGGUGCCGCCGCGGCGAAGACUGGUGCCCAAGCCGACGCCUUCAACGCCGCCUUCAACAUCCAGACCAACUUCGCCGCCACUGCAGCCGUUGACAAUCAAGGCAACGUCGUUCCUGGCACUGGCAGCGCCAACGCAGCUCUCGCCAUUGGCUCUUCUAACACUGGCUCCACUUCCACUGGCAACGCUGCAACAGGCAACAAUAACAACAAUGGUGCUGCGACUGGUGCAGCCAGCGGUGGCAUUGGCAACUUCGGCCGCUGCUCCGUCCCCCAGAUCGAGUUUGCCGCUGGGUUCGAUGGCCGCCGGGAGACGAGCUUCCAGCCCAAGGACAAAGCUUCUUACAAUCACGGAUCGGCGCAGAACAUCAACAUCAUCACCCGGUUCAUCUGCGAUCAGUUGGUCAAUUUCUGCCAAGCGGAUCAGACGGCGAAGGACACCUGUGCCAAGGCCUCUGCUGCUGCUGCCGCCGCCCCCAACAAGACCGGCGCAGCUGCUGAUGCGUUCAAUGCUGGUUUCGGAAUUACAACGAACUUCGCCGCCGUCACUCAGAUCGACGACCAAGGCCGGGUCGUGCAGGUCGCUAGGAGGUCCUUUGUGCGGUCCUGGAAGAGCCGUCAGCUAUAA